AUGGAUCCGAUUCCCAGCUCCGUGGUCGACUCCGCGGAGUACAGCCUCCACGAUGAUUCCACGGCACCCACCACGCCGGAAGGAAGCUUGACGUUCAGCCCAGUCCUCCAUGCGACGCGGGCCAUUGACGGCACCGAACUCGACGGCAUGGCGUCGUUGAACGUCUCGCACAGGGACCUUGGCCCAAGCAGUGCGCCGCAUCUAGCAGAAGUAGCUGCUCGACCCAUCCAGGUGCGCAAUAUAUGCUGUGUCGGGGCAGGGUAUGUCGGAGGUCCAACCGCCGCCGUCAUCGCACUGCAAAACCCCGGUAUCCGCGUCACCGUCGUCGACAAGGACGCGACGCGCAUCCGGCGCUGGAAUUCGAGCCACCCUCCCAUCUACGAACCCCACCUCCGCCAGAUCCUCCGCGCCGCCCGCGAUGGCGCCCGCGACGUCGUCUUCUCCAACGUGCCCCUCCCCGGGACGACGGCUACGGAGACGGACAUGUCCGAGUGCGGGAGCCAGUGCGAGCGCGCACCCGAAGUCAUGGCCUCGCCCGCGAGGAGCCCGAACCUCUUCUUCUCUACCGACGUGGCGGGGGCUAUCGCCGAGGCGGACGUGGUCAUGAUUGCGGUGAAUACGCCGACCAAGACGCGGGGCAUUGGCGCCGGGUGCGCGACGGACAUGGCGUCGUUCGAGGCCGUGACGGCAGAGGUUGCGAGAUACGCUAGACCCGAGACGAUUAUUGUGGAAAAGUCUACCGUGCCCUGCAUGACGGCGGAACUUGUUGAGGGAACGAUGGCCGCCCACCGACCGGGUGUCCAUUUCGAAAUCCUCUCCAACCCCGAAUUCCUCGCCGCCGGCACCGCCGUCAAGGACCUCCUCUUCCCCGACCGCGUCAUCAUCGGGUCCUCCAAAACCCCGUCGGGCCAGCGCGCCGCCUCGGCCCUAGCCAACGUCUACGCGGCGUGGGUCCCGCGCGCCAAGAUCAUCACGACCAACGUGUACUCGUCCGAGCUCGCCAAACUCGUCGCCAACGCCAUGCUGGCCCAGCGCAUCAGCAGCAUCAACUCCGUCAGCGCCAUAUGCGAGCGCACGGGCGCCGACGUGGACGAGAUCGCGCGGUGCGUCGGCCAGGACCAGCGGAUCGGCGCCCAAUUUUUACGGGCGGGCAUCGGGUUCGGCGGCAGCUGCUUUAAGAAGGACGUGCUCAGCCUCGUGUACCUCGCCGAGUCGCUGGGCUUGCCCGACGAGGGCGAGUACUGGCGGCAGGUGAUUGCCAUACUGGGGUACGCGUUUAAGAAGAACACGUCGGACACGCGCGAGAGCCCGGCGCUGCAAAUUAUCAAGACGCUGGUUGACGAGGGGGCGAGGGACGUCGCCGUCUUUGAUCCCGCGUGCAAUCCCCUCGUCGUCAGGGAGGAGCUGGCCGCGCUGCUGGGCCCGCACGCGCUUGCGUCGGGCGGCGGGCCGGUGGAGGUCUUUGAGAAUGCGUAUCAGGCGUGCAACCUCGCCGACGCCGUGGUCAUCACGACGGAAUUUGACGAGUUUAGAACGCCCAGCGCCGAGGUUCCCCAGGCUCCCAAGACCCCCAAGGGCGUAAGCCCGGCUUCGCGGCUCGUCCUCGCUCGUAUCGGGCACGCCCCGAGCGCCAAGACAGCCAACGGCGCCGCAGCCACUAUUCCCGGCGGCGCAAAGAACAAACCCAAAGACCCGCGCCCCUUUGAGAGCCUCGAGGUAUCGGAAAACGAUUUACUCAAGCUCCAAUGGUUCCUGGCCAAGGCCAAGGACGAGGACGAGGACGACGCCCACCGCUGCCGAUCGUCCGCCUCUAUUGCCUCGACUUCCUCGCGCGGGGCGGCCUUUUCUGUGGGCGGCGCGACCAAGAGCAGCAGCAGCAGCAACGUGGGCUUCGACGGGGGCGAAUACCGUCCCAAGGAGAGGCUGGACUGGGCGAGGAUCUCUCCGGGUGGAGGGCGUGGGAAGGCGGGGCGCAUGGCGUGA